UGAAUUACGUCAUCGACACUUGAUGACUAACCGGAGAUCGGGCCGCAUCUUGUUAUCAGAUCAUCUUUUUGACCACCACGACCCCUUUCUUACAAUUUUUCUGCGAUGCCAGUCAACACGAAGGAUCUGGAGAAUGCCAUCAGAAAUGCUAUAUCAGUGACAUAUCUGAAAAUCGAAGAUCAGUCGAGUGGGUGCGGGGAGAACUACGCUAUCAUCCUCGUCAGCGAGGCAUUUGAGGGAAAGUCGACAUUGGCGAGGCAUCGGUGGAUCAAUGAGCUGUUGAAGAACGAAAUAUCGCAGAUGCAUGCGUUUUCACAGAAAACGUUUACCCCCAAGCAAUAUGAAGUUUAUUGUGCUAAGCAGGGAUGAUAAACGGCAAUGACUCAGCUUUUUGAUGGUACUUACAUAUUGUACAAUAUAACCAAUGACAUGCUCGCGAUUCUAUAAGUGGGUUAUUCGAUUUUGAAUAAGGACAUAACAAUUUGUGUACGGAUGUAUCUUCUACCCGUUUCUAUGGUUGAUUCUAAUCUGUGUAGCAUCAGGUACUC